GAAUCGAUUUGGCUGCCAGCUCUAGCUUAAACUUGUAAAAAAAACAAACUGUCAGACUUUUUGCCAUGUCUUUGGCUCGUGCUAACAGAGCCGUCCUGUAGAGUGUCCUUGAGCGACUUGCCAGCCCAGAGCGAGUCCCAAACCGGGCUCCAGUCGAUACCCCAUACCCCCGAUUCCCGAUGAACGCCAACGGCAAUGGUGGAGCAGGCGGUGCAGGUGUUGCAGGUGGUGCGCAUGGAGGAGCUGCUGGCGGGGCAGGUGCAGGAGGUCCGGUAGGAGGUCCGGGAGCAGGGCCUGGCGGCGGUGCAGCUGCAGCGGAUCAGCCGGGCGAGGCUGCCGGAGCAGCAGGUGGCGGCGCUGGCGAUGGAGCUGCGAAUCCGCCCGGGCAUCCCAAUGGAACCAGCGCCAGCACAUCGGACAAUCCGCCGAAUGGAGCCAACGUCAACGAGGAUCAGGAGGCCAAGCGACGCAAGUGCCGCGAAACAGAAGAAGCCCAGGAUGGAGCCAGCACGAUGAUCGAUGCGAAUAGUGUGCUCAAUAAGAUCGCCAACCUGUACGCCGAGCAGCUGAUGUCGGACAUCGUGCUCCUGGUAGACGGCAAGGAGUAUCCAGCCCAUCGCGUCAUCCUGUGCGCCAGCAGCGACGUCUUUCAGGUAAUGCUAAUGAACCCGGAGUGGAACGAGUGCAGCAAGCACGUGAUCGAGCUGCACGAGGAGGCCUGCUGCUCGGCGGUGUUCCCGCAGUUCAUCAAGUACCUGUACGUGGGCCACAUCGAGGUGACGCUGCAGACGGUGAUGCCGAUGCUGGCGCUGAGCGACAAGUACAAUGUGCGCGACCUGAUCGAUCUCUGUGUGGGCUACAUGAACAAGCAUGUGGCCAAGGCGGCCACCAGCGGUUACCUGGUCUCCUGGCUGCAGUACACGCUCUCCUUCUCGCCCACCCACAACGAUCUUACCGAGACGCUGAAGCGGUUCCUCAAGUGGAAUCUCGAGAUGGUGGCCGAUUCGCGUGACUUUGUGGAAAUGGAUCCGGCCAUAAUGCAACUGCUGUUGCAGCAGAACGAUCUGGUCGUCACCAGCGAGUACAAACUGUUCGCCCUCCUGCAGACGUGGCUGCUGCAUCGUCGCGAGCAGAUGGAGGCAACUGCCGGCGGCAGCUUCAUGGAGCUGAUCGAGCAGACGGUCUCCCACAUACGCUUCGGCAUGAUGACGCCGCGCCAGCUGUCGCACCUGCUGAUGGACCCGCUGAUCGAGUACCACAAGGAGUUCCUCGUCGAGCGCAUCGCCAUCGGGAUGAGCUACCAGUCGGGGCAGGAGGAUCGGGUGCGCGAGGUGCGGGCCACCGAAACGGGCGAGCUGCAGUUCACGCCGCGUCUCUACUGGAACGACACCUGGAGCGUCGACAUCGAUGUGCAUAACUUUGACGCGAUCGAGGACUACAAGAACUAUGUGACCUGUUUCUUUUCGCAGCGCCACAUCGCCGAGACUGAGGAGGACGAUCCCUGUAUGACCUGGGAGAUAGAGUUUUUCCCGCGAGGCGUUAAGUACAACAAGGCCAAAAUGGUCUGGGGCGAGGACGUGCCAGGCUGCUCCUUGAACACUGUGCGCCUACGGGUUACCUGCAAGCAUCAAAACAUUGACGAGGAGCGAUUUAAGAUCGCGGUGCUGAUAGUGGGCGUACAGAACCAGAUUAUGCACAUCCGCACAGUUGUGGAGCGCACGGAGUACUUCUCGGAUACGUCGCGCGUGAUCAACCUGGACAACCUGCUGCCGUACGAGGAGCUGGAGCACACAUCGCCGUACUUGAGUCCCCACCUGACGGGCACGGCAAGGAACACACUGACCCUGCAUGUGGUCAUCACGCCGAUGGGCUCCCACACCUGCCGGGAUACGCCGCCGUUUCAGUUUUAAGCACGGUGACCCGGCUUGUGGACACCUCGACUAACGCACUCCGUACUUCCUGGCGCAUCCACAAGCACCACACGCCUCCGCAGUUUUCGCAGCCACCGCAGCCACCACUGUAUUUCACUCUUCCAUAUAUAUAUAUAUAUAUAUUUUGUGUGUAUGUAUAAAUCCAAUCCGACUGCGAAUCCCCUUGGGCUCAAUCCUUGCGAUCCUGAUGCUGUUCCACACUGCUGCUCGAUCACAACCCACUCCCCACCCCCUGCAAUAUGUUUUAUUAUAAGUUUUUGUUUUAUAUUUUUCCUAUAAGUUAAGCGCACCGAGGGGAGUAAGUUCUUAAGAAGGGCCAUAGCCGCUGAGUGUGGAUCGUGGAUCGUUAAGCUUGGCCAUAGGUGGACAUGAGGAUUGAGCGUGUAAGCAUCGUACUGUAUCUACUGUACACCGUUUCACAGCGUAGACGCCAACUGAAGUGAACCUAGACUAUGAAAACGAGAGAUUUUCUAAUAAACGUUGAUAUGUAAAAGACAAAACCAAAACCAAAACCACUUACCACAUGGCUGAGAAAGAGAGGGCCGCGUUUGGCUAUUGCCAUCUCGUCGUCUAUUUGCCAAUGCAUAAAGCAUCAGUUUUAAUGUUUUACAACCGAUAGAUAUGUGUAUGUCGCUUGUGUGUGUGUCCACUAAGAUAUUCGGAUCCCUUAACGAGUGUGUUUAUGGCCUGGUCUCAACCUGUCGCGUCUCUGGGGUCUAUCUUUAUGGGCUCUGCUGGGAGUGACUUGGCCAUAAUAUCCGCCUACAGUGCGGAACGCCAAAACACUGGGCUCUUCGAGUGUAAAUGUCAUGGAUUGUGAAAAAAGGUCCAGUCAUCAGUCAUCAGUCAUCAUCAAUCGAAUUGACUUAAUCUUGGCGUUAAUGUAGUUGUUAAAUAAAAUGUCUCUUCAAAAAUCAGCUAUGGUCUAUUAUUGAAGUUUGCGUUUUCAUUAGACUGAACUAAAGAGUAGAAUUACUGUCGUUUAAAGAUAUAAUUUAGUGAUUUCAAAUUAAUUUUAAUUAUUUCCUAAAGUUGACCAGUCAUUUUGUAAAAUAACAUCUCUGAAACCUCUAAUAAAGGUGUCUUAAACUAAAAUUAAAUGUUUUUAUUACCCCUUAAAG